AUGCUGCGUAUCCCGGGUGGGUCCUCUUUUUUCCAGACGGGGGCCAACUACGCUGCAUUCGAGCACAGGGCAAUGAUGCAGGUGAUGCCGAUGCUCAUCGCGGACAGAUGUGUGGGUAGUGACGCGGAUGGAUGCCUCAAGAGAGGGAGGGAGGUCUUGGCGUUUCGGCUCUACGCUACGUUUUACAAGGCGCUGCUGGGAGUGCAACGGCACACACUUGGGUCACUGGACGAGGCGAAGGAAGAAGCGAUAGAGUUGGUGGACGCGCUGAUUGCGGCAUUUCCCAACCAGAGCUCCGAGUGGCAGCUGCCCAAGAUCCACUUGAUCAUGCACAUAAUCGAUAACAUCCCUCUUCGUGGCGUGCCCCACCACUACUCGACCGAGUUGUGGGAGAGAACGCACAAGGGCACUGUGAAAGGGCCAGUCCGAGGGGGGAACUGGAAGGAUAUCCCUCGGCGGAUUGUGUCGGAGGACAUGCAGCCCGAGAUAGCUCGUGAAAUCGCGGCCGAUGCAGGAGGAGGGCAAGAGUAUGUCACGGCACUUCGCGAGGCGGUCCGGCACCAGGAGUACAUACUGACCAAGGGGUGCAAGCCCAUGAUACCGAUCAUGGCUGAGGAUGGGCUGUUCCAAGAUUAUUGCGAGGUCGUGGGGCCGGACAUCGAUGGGCUUGUGGGGCGGAUUCGAGCUACCAGCAUUGAUCCGUCGGGCAUCACGGUGCAUGUUCCUGCUGGUGUGACUAAGUGGGCGCUUGUUGAUGCCAAGCUUCUCGUGGACGCAAGCACAGGGUUCGCGCCGGUGACGGUGGUCCACACGGCGGUGGCGAUUCCUCCAUCUCGUGGUGGCGAGCUGGUGGACAAGCCCGCAUUUGUCAAGGCCAGCCCCCGCGAAAAUUGGUUCUCGGAUGUGGCGAUCAUGGCUUCACGGCGGGAGUGGUAUGCGCGCAUGCUGCUGAUAUUCAGAGGACGGAAGGUGGAGGGGGAUAUGGGCGACUUUGCCUUUGUGAAGUUCUACAAGGUCGCUGGCGAGUGCCCAUUCACCACCUGCAAGGAACUGCGACCUGGGAGUUCACCUCUCACCCAUGGGGUCAUCGAGCUGAGCAGCAUCAAGCGGCUGGUACAUGUGUGCAAGUCUUUCACCAACCCCAAAGUCCUCCUCCUCAACAAGUUCACUCUGUGCGAGUAA